AUGAGCCAACUGCGAGCCACAAAGCCCGGGCUCCUCGUGUGCAUAGCAAUUUGCAUCUUCAUUUUCCUUUACUUAAGGAGCCCAGCUCCUGAGGAAGCAGAGGAGGUGCCCGCUUCUCCAGGAGCCGUGGAAUGUGGCUUCUAUCCAGAUGAACUAUGUUCAGCUUUAUUUCAAGGGAAAGAGGCAGCUCCCCAAAUUGCAAAAUUCUGUAAAAACCCUCAAACUGGAAUACUUGCUUAUCUACACACACCAGGAAACUGCUCCAGGAUUUCCCAGGGGUUGCACUUCAUAACCAGGCCCCUGUCUGCAGAAGAGGGCAAUUUCUCUUUGGCAUAUAUUAUAACCAUUCACAAGGAGCUGACCAUGUUUGUGCAGCUUCUCAGAGCUAUUUAUGUACCUCAAAAUGUUUACUGUAUUCAUGUUGAUGAAAAGGCCCCAAAGAAGUAUAAGUCUGUGGUGCAAAGGCUGGUUGACUGUUUUGAAAACAUCUUUAUUUCAAAGAGACAGAAGGUGGUUCAUGCUGGCCUUACAAGACUACAGGCUGAUAUUAAUUGUAUGAAAGAACUAGUUCAUUCCAAAUUUCAAUGGAACUAUGUCAUUAAUCUUUGUGGACAAGAUUUUCCAAUCAAAACCAACAAAGAAAUCAUACACUAUAUCAGAAGCAAAUGGAAUGAUAAAAAUAUUACUCCUGGAGUAAUCCAUCCACCAAACAUUAAAUCCAAGGCCAGUCAAAGUCAUCCUGAGCCCAGUCCUGAAGGAAAUGUAUCUCCAAAUAAAAGAUUCAAACACGAGCCACCCCAUAACCUAACAAUGUAUUUUGGAAGUGCUUACUACAUACUCACAAGAAAGUUUGUGCAGUUCAUACUGACUGAUGCCCGUGCAAAAGACAUGCUUCAGUGGUCCAAAGACAUCCACAGCCCAGAGCAGCAUUACUGGGUGACCCUGAACCGACUAAAAGAUGCUCCAGGUGCUACACCAGAUGCCGGCUGGGAAGGGAACAUUCGAGCCACGAAGAGGAGGACAGAGGAAGGAAGCAUCCACGAUGGAUGCAGAGGCCACUAUGUCCAAGACACUUGUGUGUACGGACUAGGAGACCUGCCGUGGAUCAUCAAGUCGCCUUCUCUGUUUGCCAACCAGUUCGAGCCCUCCACAGACCCACUUGUGGUUACGUGCUUAGAGAGGCGGCACCGACUUCAGGCCCUGAGGCAGGCAGAAGUCCCUGUGGAACCACACUGGCGUUUCCAACAGGAAACUUGUUUCAACAAGAAACUGACGCAGUAA